GAACCGCGCCGGAGGGGCAAAGGCGAGGCCGAACAGGCGCCGCUCAGCGGGCAGCCGCACAGCCGCGCAGCCGCAGAGGCCGGCCGGCAGCGCUGCCCGCUCCACCGCGCACCGCCCGAGCACCGGCCGCACGCCGAUCUGCAGCGGCCGCAAGCCACGCUCCGUCCGGCGCGAAGAAGGGACCGCGACGUCAGCCUCUGGCGGUGUCGUGCGUGGCCUCAAAUACCCAGCAGCGGCCCUUGUCUCCACUCCACACACUCCUCCGAGCCACCUCACACCCAUCCACCUGCACCAUGCCCGCUCCCACCGCCGCCUCGGGCUCCGCGCCCUUCAGCGCCGCGUCGCAGAUUGCAAAGGUCGUGCAGAACCUCGACGCCGUCAACGCCUCGCUGCGCGACGCCGAGCCGCAGCAGAUCCUCGAGUGGGCCAUCGACAACCUGCCCGGCCUGUACCAGACGACGGCGUUCGGCGUCACCGGCUGCGUCACGCUCGACCUCGUCAGCCGCAUCAGCCAGCAGCGCGCCGCGGCCGCCGGCACGCCGUCCAAGCACCUCGUGCCGCUCAUCUUCAUGGACACGCUCUACCACUUCCCGCAGACCGUCGACCUGGCACAGCGCGCCGCGCAGCACUACGCCGCGCCCAUGCACACCUACACGCCCGCCGGCACGCCCGACGUGCGCGCGUUCGAGGCGCAGUGGGGCCCGCAGCUGUGGGAGCGCGACGAGGACACGUACGACUACGUCGUCAAGGUCGAGCCGGCACGCCGCGCCUACGAGGAGCUCGGCGUGCGCGCCGUCUUCACGGGCCGCCGCCGCAGCCAGGGCGCGGACCGCGCGUCGCUGGCGGCCGUCGAGGUCGACGAGACGGGCCUCGUCAAGGUCAACCCGCUGCUCAACUGGAGCUUCGGCCAGGUCGACGGCUACGUCAAGGCCAACGGUGUGCCGUACAACGAACUGCUCGACAUGGGCUACAAGAGCAUCGGCGACUGGCACAGCACGGCGCUGCCCGGCAGCGGCGACGGCGAGCGCAGCGGCCGCUGGAAGGACAAGGGCGGCAAGACCGAGUGCGGCCUGCACAAGGACUACUUCAAGUUCAAGAAGGUCGCCGAGAAGAAGAUGCGCGAGGCCGAGCUGGCGCGCCGCGACGAGGCGCGCGACAAGGCAGAGGCCACCGCCGAGGGCGCAGAAGUCGCCGCCGCCACGGCCACGACGGCCUGAGCUCGCCGCUGCCACGGCCACGACGGCAUGAGGUCGCCGCUGCCACGUCUGCGACGGCCUCAUGCCCUCGCACUCUCUCUCUCUCUCUCGCUUCUCAUUCACGACAUCUCGAGCGCCGCUGAGCGCGCGCACACUCAAAAGUUACCCCUUCCGGUCACCGUCAUCUGUCCCUCUGUAUUCCUG